ACUAAUCUGAGCCAUUCGGUCGCCAUCGUGCCGCGACCAGGAAGCUUCCUCACGUCUCUCUUCCAUACCGCGUCCUCGCCAGCCAGCACGAAGCGCGUUAAUAUCUCCACCUCCACCCCUCCCUUUCUCCUCCUCUCCCAAACCCAAACCCAACCCCGAUCUCCAAAUCCUCCUCCGGAUUUCGCAUUCCGCGCAGCGCAGGUGUGAGGAGUGAAAGAUGGGGCUCGCGUUCGGGAAGCUCUUCAGCCGGCUCUUCGCCAAGAAGGAGAUGCGGAUCCUCAUGGUCGGCCUCGACGCCGCCGGUAAAACCACCAUCCUCUACAAGCUCAAGCUCGGCGAGAUCGUCACCACCAUCCCAACCAUCGGCUUCAAUGUUGAAACUGUUGAGUACAAGAACAUUAGCUUCACUGUCUGGGAUGUUGGGGGUCAGGACAAGAUCAGACCUCUCUGGAGGCAUUACUUCCAGAACACACAGGGUCUUAUCUUUGUCGUGGACAGCAAUGACCGUGACCGUGUUGUUGAAGCCAGAGAUGAGCUGCACCGAAUGCUGAACGAGGAUGAACUACGUGAUGCUGUGCUGCUUGUUUUUGCCAACAAGCAAGAUCUUCCCAAUGCAAUGAAUGCUGCUGAGAUUACUGAUAAGCUUGGAUUACAUUCCCUGCGCCAGCGACAUUGGUACAUCCAGAGCACUUGUGCCACAACUGGUGAAGGUCUGUACGAGGGCCUGGACUGGCUGUCCAGCAACAUUAGCAAGGCUUGAGGGCCUGUGAUAUCAACUGCGAACUGACUAGGAGCUCCGGAUGUAUCAUGGAAACUUAGGACAGAAUCGCCUUUUCAAUCCGUUAGGUGUCUUCUGCGGGCACGAUAUAUAUUUUUGGAAUAUGUAUGAAGUCAUGUCACUGUUAUAUGUUUGUUCUACUAUUGGAUGUUUUUUGGACCUGUUCGAUUUGCACAGUAUCAUGUUACAUUGGGAAGUUA